UCUAAUUUAAAUCAUACUUGGAAAGCAGCAUUGGUUUGUUAGGGAUCAUCUUUUUGCAUGAAGGUAAAUGUUUCUAUGACUAUUGUCCUCUUUUGUUAGAGAUGGCAGCAGCGACGUCGAUUUUUCAAAACUCUUACUCUGGUCUGGGCCACCUGGGUCCAAACCCAGCACACGGAGUGCAUCAUGUUCAAGGGGCACGUCAAGCAGUCCCAGGAGCUUCAGGAGCUUCACGCUCUGAGGAGCAGCACCACAAACCUUUCUUCUACGUCCAGCCCUCACAGCCGUAUGUGCCCAUGCAGAGUCUGCAGUGGCCUGUACCUGUGCCCAUACCCAUGUCCUACAACCCAUACUACGGCUACCAUGGUUUAGGUUAUGGAGUGCCAAUGAUGCCCCACUAUCAGCCAAAUCCAUACAUGGAGCCCCCUGGCUUUGUUCUACCCCACACCCACCUCCACCUGAUGGACUACAGGCGCAUGCUCAACCCCCAGUAUUACCAGACCAUGGCCUACCACUCCCGCAGGUUCCGCUAUCAACACAACAGCACGACCAGAGAGAUGACCAGCUCUCAGGUUCAGACUGAGCCACUGGCCGCAACCCAGAGGACCAGCACACCAGGUUCCACUGAUGCUGAAACCACCAGUGGUAUCUCUGUCUGCAGCAGUGACGCCCCCUGUGGCCCCACCAGCCAGGUGCUCUCACCACCGUUGACUUUGCAGAAAGGGAAUCAUUCUCUGGAGCUCAAAGAUCUGGUGGUGCCCUCCUCUCCGACCAGGACAUCGUCAAAUGGCAGUGGCUUUGUGAUUCAGACUGAGGAAGUGAGGAUCGAGUGCUGCACCACACCGGUGGGGCUGCAACUUCUUCACUCCCAUGAGACUGCAGAGGUGUCCCACAGGUACCCGCAAGAUGUAGUCCAGUGCAGCGCUGUCCUCAAGGGCAGCAUGCUGCAGGAUGACGAGCCACAUCUUCGCAUAGAGCAGUCGGAUCAGACACUUCAAGCCUGUCCAGACAUUCUUUUGGUUGGUGGACACGGCACUCCUGCUCCUGAGGAGACCAGGAAUCAGAUGGACUCUGACACUGAGGUUUCUACUUUGGGAUCUCAAGUAGCUACUCUCAGUGAUGUUGAGGAGAAGAGGAGUGAGGAUGACCUGAUUAAAUGCUCAGAGAAUGCCCAUUUGAAAGUUGUCUACUUGCCCUUCGACCCCAAGUAUCUGGAGGAGCUGCAGAAGAUGGAGUCCACCGUGUGGUCGACAGAGGAAACCUUGAUUCCCUCCCCUGAAUCACGGAUCCAAAAUGACUCUCACUUUGCCAAAGCGUCUUCAGAAGAUGUCCUCACUGUGAAAGAGGAAACUCGGAUACAAGAGAUAGUCUCGAUGUUGGAGAUGCCGCCUCUGGUGGAGAAUGCACUGGAGGAUAUGGUCCCUACACGGAUGGAAGAGUUGGCGUCAGAAUCCAAUAUCUGCUCUGCGAUGGAUGUUGCAGAGGAAAUUCCUAUGACCAAACUGAUACACACAGCAGAGGUGGAUAUUGCGCGGGAUUUGUUGGAUAAUUCCCCUAUCAGGGGAAAUGGAGACCAACAGAGAGAAAAAGAUUUCCAGGAUCACCAGGACACUUCAUUUGAAUCGUUGCCUGCCUACCUCCCCUCAAGUAGCUGGCUUGCUGACUUUGAUAACAACUACUACUGUAGCAAGAUGCCACCAACUCCCAAAAAGCUGCGCAAACCCGUGAGCAACUGUGGUUUGGACGUUCCCUCUCGACGAAGAAAACUAGAGCUUGAAUACAAAGAACAACUUAGUGUUCGCAAACCAAAAGAGAGGUUCAAACCCAAAGAGAAGGUGGAUUGGCGAAGCCUCUCGGACCACGAAUGCUGCCUCAGAAGGAAAUUCAAUGAGAAUUCAUUCUCCUCAUAUGCGUCGAAGAGGGAGAGACUUUGCUCCAGGUGUUUGGCAAAACGACGGAUCUGCACAUCUGCCGGUGUGGGAGUCGAUGGCAGUAGCUUGAAGCGAAAAGCUGUCCCACUUCAACAGUGGAACGACACACUUGUACCGACGUGUGAGGCGUGUAAGUUUCACACCAAGAAACUGACUAGAAAAGGCUCCAAUCCCGAUAUUCGUUGUCUUCAUCGUGGACAUGACACUGAGGGAGAAUGUUCUGAGAACAGUCUGUGUCGCAGGGGCCCAAAAUGGAGGCCGGGCAAUGACCCCAGGAAGCUUGCAGACUUUAAGAGGCCACUGGCCUCCAAGCAGAACCUGGAGAAGUUCCCUGCAGUGACGACGUACCCCAAACUGAGGGAGAAGAACUGUGUGUGUAAUGACCCACAACAUCAGGCUGUCGCAUGGGAGCGGCUGCGCUUCUGUCCCCACGGCAACAACAUGCAAGAAAUGGACGAGAACUGCGUGGCGCCCAUUUCCCUUCAGGAGAAAUGGAGGAGCAUGGAUCAGAUGUACCUGACGCACAGAUGGCAAAAUGGUCCUCAUUCAACGGAGAAGUCAUGGAAAGCAGUGAUGCCUAACCCUGAUGUUGAUGUCUCCAAGAAUGAAGCCAGAUCACAGCACUGGAACAAACACAAGAAAUCACAAGGAACACGUAGAAAAGACACACGAUGCUGAUUUUUUGCACAAGAGCACAAUGUGGGGAAAAAAAGCACUUUUUAAAAAUGUUGUAUGCACUUUAACUUAUAAUUUAUUUCACUCAAUAUUUGUACAAAGGAAAAACACUGUUCACUAUUUAUUAACCUUUAA